AUCAACGCAGACCCGUGACAAACAGAGUCGACCGUUCAACGACAUUUUCAUUUCCUGCAGCCCUUGCAUUACAUAAUGUAUAUGUAUCUUGUUCUCGCCAACUGGAAUACGAUCGAGCAGAUGAUGAUCUUUCGCGAUGCGAACAUUCGUGUGCACGGUAUAAAGCGACUGCAUAAUUACCUCUAUUCGGUAAUGACUGAAACAUUCAUUCGGGACUGUUCUUUCGACGCGACGUGUUCUUUUAGAUUAACGUUACCAGAGGUUAAUCGGAGGCUUUGCAGAUUAGAAAGUUGUCCAAAGUUAAGCAGCAGUAAUUCCAUGACACAGACCGAACUGUUGCAAGAGUUAACGAACAAUUGUCGUUACGAUAAAAUGGCUAGACCGUCGGGAGAAGCGAAUGCCACAGACCCGAUUAAAGUCUACACCAGAGCUUAUAUUUAUACAAUUAAAUCGAACAUGGCCAAGACAUUGCAAUUCGAUGUUCGCAUGAUACUGCAAUUUCGAUAUUUGGACAGUAGAUUAAAAUUCUCAGAUAUCGCUCCGCAUUUGAAGCAAGUAUACGGCGGGCAAUUUGUACACGAUCUAAUAUGGACACCGACCGUUUACGUUGCCGACGAACGUAGCUCGGCUCUAAUGGGGAACACCGUUAAAGAUCUACUUGUUUCCAUCGAUCCGACAGGAACGAUCAUCUUGAACACCAGGUUACAAGUAACUCUGAAUUGUGGUCUACGGCUGGAAAAAUUCCCGUUCGACGUGCAAGAAUGCCCGCUCAUUUUUGAAAGCUGGACACACAAUAUGCAUGACAUGGUACUGCUUUGGGAUCAAGAACCAAUAGUACUUGCAGAUGAAUUGCAUUUAACCGAAUACAAGCUCGUCGACAAGUGGGUGAAUACAUCGGAAGUGUUUUACACCUCGUCGGAACAACAUUACGGUCAUUUCGCCGGCAACUUCAGUUCAAUUAGUAUCACGUUCAAGCUCGCGCGUGAAAUGGGAUUCUUCAUGAUGGAUUACUACAUUCCGUCUAUUCUAAUAGUCGUGAUUUCUUGGGUGUCCUUUUGGCUGCACAUGGACGCGAGUCCGCCGCGAAUAGUUUUAGGGACAAACACCAUUCUGACGUUCAUGACUCUUGCGUCGAAAGUCGAGAAUUCUUUGCCAAAGGUUUCUUACAUAAAAGCCAGUGAAAUUUGGUUUUUAGGUUGCACCAUAUUUUUAUUUGCAGCAAUGGUUGAAUUUGCUUUCGUCAAUACAAUUUACAGACGAAAGAAGAAUGUGCCUUUGAAAAAGGUGAACAGCAAGUACAUUUUGAAAUCAACCUUGACACCGAAACUGGCGCGGAAGCAAUUCCAAAAAAAUGCUACGGGUUUAGAACGAUCGCGUUCAUGGUCGUCGCUCGAUAACGCAAACAGUAUCGAGCAAGAUUACUCUAGCCAAAAUUACCUCACCGUCCACAGUUUCCCGAGCACGCUCAACAUACCUUCCGUGAAAAUUGAUCAAGACAAAGAUCAAGAAUGUUCGGUCGGAAGCAUCGUGACCGUGAAUACUACACCGCCGCCGAAACCUUUCUCGAGAAGAGCAACGCUAGCUCAGUUACAUAAUUUCACAACAAUGACUCCACAAGAAAUUGCCCAAUGGAUCGACAGACGCAGCAGAAUCGUAUUUCCCAUUGCUUUUAUUAUAUUCAACAUUUUCUAUUGGUCUUUUAUCUGGAUUUAAUAGAUCGAAUCAUUGAAAAGUACAACAAUUUCUCUCGCUAAUCACACGUAACAUCGAAUAUUUAUGCAGCGAUCGAUCACUUUUAAAUCCCAAGGAUCAACGACUGUUCAGCUCGCCAGGCAUAAUAAUCCAUUAAUUAUACAGAGACUUGUAUGCAAUAGCAAUUUUUAUUAAUUUUCAUAAAUUACAAUAAAUACAUUUCUUUCAAAAACAUUUAUCGAAAAUAAAAUCAACGUGAAAUACCCAUCCAAUACAUUCUCUCAUGAAAAAUUGGUUAAAAUUGUAAAAACAUUUCUUUAAAUAUCAUCCGAUCAAGUGUAUGCAUGGAAUUAUGUACGUAUAUAUACUUACAUAAAUAUAGAAUAGUAACAAUUCGUGGAAUGUAUUAUUUUGUACGACACUUAUUCUUCGCUUAACUUACAGAAAGCCAGUAAUCAUUAAAAUAACAACAUCGAUUUUCUUUUCGUGGAAUAAGCUUUCAAAUACGCACACAUCUCUGAUGGGAUAUGAAAGCCAGCACCUGAAGAAUAUCUCUCUCCUUGUUUCUGAACCAAUCUCUUCGAACGUACAAUAUUUCUUGUCAGCAUCGCUCUCUGCCGAUAGGCGAGAAAUAUAUUGAAAUAUACAAGAAUGAUCCAAGAAAUCAUUUUCUCUAGAAAUGUAUUUAUACUCGACGAGGUUUAAGCCAAAACUCGGACUCGUAG